GACACACGUCCAACAACAGAUUCCAUCCGCCAAACUUCUCUUUUCUCUAUCUUUUGUUCUAGAUUUCAUUCAUCGAUUCUAUAAAACCCAAAAGAAUCAUAUCUUGCUUAUUUAUCAUUCAUCCAUUAGUCUCUCGGUUUCUCUUCUUGUUUCUAUUGAAAACUCAUAAAAGUUCAUAUCUGUUUCAGGUACAAUCCCAAACAAGAGACGACCCGGCCGGUACCGUCCAUCCGAGCCAAGGCUGAACCGCGGAACGGCCAUCCGACCGUCCGUCCGUCCGUCCAAUCCGACCAUCCGUCCUGUGCCUACAACAUUUUGGUAUCAGAGCUGAAGUUUCCUGUGAAACUCAGUUCUUUCUGAACCCUAGCCGUUGCACUUCAAAAAAAAAAUAUUUACUUUCCAUAUUUUGAAAUUUUCGGAUUGUUCUCCAAGUUUUCGAUUUUUGCAUUUAAAAAAAAAAAAUCAAAUAGUUUUGCUUUCCUUCCAAGCUUUCGAAAAUCAAAAAAAUAUUCCCACUUUCCUUUUUCAAUCUUGAUUCGAUUUUCAUCUUUAAAUUUUGCAUUUACUCUUUGUCUUGGUCGAUACUCAAGUAUCCGACCCAAGCCUCUAUUUAAACCCUCUUGCCUUUGAUCUUUUCUUUGAGUAUCUUUUUCAGAAACUAUGGGAGAUGUAGGUCAAGACCAAGCGGCCAUAAACGCUCAGCUCCUAGCUGACAAUGAUGAGCUGAGGGCGAGUCUUAGGGCUAUCACCGUCGAGCUUGCUCAGCUACGGCAGGGAGGCAGGCCCAACGGACCUCGACCACCCGGAAGGAAUCAGCCGGAUCCGCAUGACACUGACUCGGACGCGGACAGUACUGAUGAUACGCGCAGUCAGGACGAGGAGAGGCCGAACCGGGGAGGGAGGAGGAACGUGCGAGGACCCCGGGCCCAAGUAGGAGGAGGCCGCGACCAUAGAGGAGGUCGAGACCGAGAGGAGGAAGAGCCAUGGUUAGGAGGCAAGGCGCUUAAGCUUCUUCCCCCAACAUUUGCCGGCAAGGUUGAUCCGGAUGCCUACAUCGUGUGGGAGAAGCGCAUGGAGUACAUCUUCGACUAUUACUAAUAUAGCAAGGCGAGGAAGGUUGCCCUAGCAGCAGCCCAGCUGAUGGACAAUGCUCUUUCAUGGUGGGAUCGAGACGUCGCCAAGUCCGGGCCAGUGUGGAGAGCGCGUAAUUGGACCGAGAUGCGGACCAAGCUUCGCGCGAGGUACAUUCCAUCUUACUACCAGCGUGAUGUGCUAAAACGUUUUCGUAAACUUACGCAGGGAACUAAGACUGUGGAGGAAUACUUUGAGGAGUUUGAGGCACUUAGGAAUAAGCUUGAGACCGACGAGCCCGAAGAGACGAUGAUGUCCCAAUUCCUGGAAGGGCUGCAAGACCGCAUUGCCCGCAAGGUGGAGAGACAACAGUAUGAAGACUUCAACGACCUACUGCACUUUGCUACGCAAGCCGAGCAGCACAUCAAGCGCAAGACGGCCAGCACCAGCCGCAGCAAGCCUGCAUGGACUCAACCGGGCUCAAAGCAAGGCGACAAGGGCAAGGCGAUUGAGAUUGAGAGCUGAUUCAAGACAAACCAGGCUGACUCGUCCAAUGCAUACAAACCGGAGCAGGGUAAGACUCAAGCCCAAACUUUGCGUACUCGUGACAUCAUUUGUUAUAAGUGUCAGGGCAAGGGCCACUACGCCCAGGAUUGUCCAAACAAACGAGUGAUGGUCCUAAAGGGGGAUGGCGAGUAUGAAUCCCAAGAUGAGGCAGAGGCCGCGGCAGUGCUCUCUGAUGAGGAAGUAACCGACUACCCGGAGACAGGCGAGCUUCUAGUGACCCGGAGAGCUCUUAGCACCCUCUUUGAUCCAGAGACCAUCCAACGGGAGAACAUCUUUCGUACAAGAUGUAGUGUUGAUCACAAGGUAUGUAGCUUGAUCAUUGAUGGCGGAUCUUGUACUAACGUUGUAAUGACCCUGCUCAUAAGUAGAAAAGUCAAAGACCUUGACCUUAGUCGUGGUUGAAACGAGGAACGGUCAUGGUCGAAAGACAGUUUUCUGCCGGUACGAGAAAAUCGAUAAAAACCGAGCAAGAGGAGAUCGACGUUUUGAAACCGAAGAAGGAGAAGCAUUGUCUAAGUAAAUCAAGGAAUGAGUUUUCUCAUUUGAAGAAGAGGUUUAGAAGUUGUUGACAUGGCAAAGAAAGUGAAGACGCGAUGACAUGGCGACCACCGAUUGGAUUCAGAGGAGUGACGGAGCGAUACGCGUGGCAAGGAGUGACGGAGCGAUACGCGUGGCAAACUCUCAUUGGCUGGAAGAAGACUUGGCGACCAAGUUACGAAGCUUCUAGAAGAUGAGACUUGGUGACCAAGAAACGGGAAAACUUGGGGAGAAAGGUAAAAACCUUCCGGAAGCAAGGUUACUUGCCACAGAAGUUUCGUAGUGGGACAUGUGUCCAUUUUUCCUCAUGCAUGUGUGCCAUUUGUCCAGCCCAGCCUCAGUCCUCCAUUUCUAUAAAUACCAGACCCCUCCUUUUCAUUUUUCUCAUUCAAAACCGUGAGAGCUUACCUUAGAGAGAGAGUGGUGAGUUAGAGAGAGAAACCGAGAAAAAACAGUGUUUUCGGGUAGUUUUUAGUUAGCGUUUUUGGGGAGAUAGCUAGGGGUGCUGGAUAGUCUUUGUAGCCAGUAGCCAAGGUAACCCGUAGGUAGGAAGCUUAGGGCGCAGCGGAACGGGAAGCGGCCGGUGUAGAUUGGAAGUGGCAUAAGCAUAAGCGGACUAUCUUUUGGAAUGUAUAAUUACUUUCUUUUCAUUUUGGCACUAGGCCGUGAGCUCAAACUCUGGUAUUUUGUAUUGUAAUGUUUUGUAAAACGCUUUCUACCUAUUAUUAAUAAAAUGUAUGUUUAUAUUCGUAGUUGUGUGUUAAAUGAUAUUAGACCUUGUCCGGGUCGAUACAACUCGAUGAUUGUGGUACGGGUUGUGAAGCCUUAGGCCAUGAUAUCGAGGUCAUAGCAAACUGGAACGGAUUGGUCGAGAGUCUUGACUUGUUCUUGAUUCUUGGUCGAACCGGUACGGUGAGCUAUACUUGUGGCGCUCCCGGGACGUACCGGGUUAGUCCGGCCUGGUACGGUCCGGGGGUGUUACAAAUGGUGGUAUCAGAGCGUGUUUCCGAUCAUGCUCAUAAACCGCAACAUUUUUCAAAUGUUUUUAUCGAGUCAAAAUGAGUCGCUUAUGCCACAUUAGGAAACCGGUCCGUUCCGCUUAGGGUUUUUAGGGAGUAGUUUUAGGAUUAGUUCCUUGGGAAUUUUUCUUUCUUUAGGAUUAACCCUUGAAACCGUGCAGAUGUCUAAUCAAGGAUCAGGAGCAGGCUAGUCGUUCGGAACGUUGGGUCAGGAUGGGUCGAGGUACGCAAACUACCACAACUUCUGGCAUGCUCCGAAUUCAGCAAACCAGACUGGCGACAGUGGACCAAGGCCUAUGGAAGGCGUUGAACGUGCUCACAGUGAGAAGAACGUAUCUCCUGUAGCGUGGCGAUUAUCAGUAUCACCACCCAAUUCUCAGCAUGUGGAAUCAGAACCAUUCGUUGGACCACAGAGACCCCAUUCAUCUCAUGCAAACUCGGAAGGAUCUACAUCAAUUAGAAUCAACUCAAGACCAGCAGAGCCGGCUACACCUACGCAAGCACCUGCACCAGCUCCAGCAGAAGGAAGUAGACCAGCAGAUCCAACCUUAUCUAUGGUACAUAACCUUUUGUCUAAAGUCUUAACCAACAAAGUUACCCCAAAUCCAGAAGCAAAUCAACCUGAAACUCGACAACCAGACUUCCUGAAGUAUGUUCUUACGAUGAAGAACAUGGGUACCUAUAAGUUCGAAGAGAAGCCGACACCUUCAAAGCAGACACAUGGCUACGGCGUGUAGAGAAGAACUUCUCAACCACCAGGUGUCCAUACGAGUACAAGAAAGACGUAGCUGUGCAUUACUUGGAGAAAGACGCAAUGUCUUGGUGGGAGAGUAUCACACGAAGAGAAGGAGUAGAAGACAUGGAUUGGGAUGCAUUCAAGCAGGAAUUUCAGAGGAAGUAUUUUCCUCCAGAAGCAAGAGACAGAAUGGAGCAAGCAUUUCUUCGAUUGGAGCAAGGUGAAAGGAGUGUUAGGGAGUACGAAUCAGAAUUUCUCAAGCUCAGUCAAUACAUCUACUACGAGGACGGAGAUGAAGCGGUGUUAGUUCGUAAGUUCUUACGAGGUCUUAAGCCAGAGAUCGGGAGUUGUCUACAAGCCGUCAACUUUGUGAGUUUGUUCGAGUUAAUAGAGAAAGCAGUCAACGUGGAGGAGAUGGUAGCAGCUGAACGUGAACCAACCGUUGGAUCAAACCCCAAACCUCAGAGCAGUCAGUCCAAAGAUGAUAAGUUGCGAACCAACCAGAAGAAAGGAAGAAAGGGUCAGUUCAAACGACAUGGAAAGAACCCGAAGGCACAGGUGACAUGCUACAAUUGUGGUCAGUUGGGACAUUACUCUCGUGAAUGCACCAACUCAACGGCUGAGAAGACGGAUUGGAAGGCAUCGGUUACUUGCUACAGCUGUGGAGAGAAAGGUCAUUUCGCCAACGAGUGUACUGUGAACCGUCCAGGAAAGGGAAGAGGAUCGUCUGCGCGUACCCAACCAAACCGACCGACCAGAGAACACCCAGCCGGGCGUCCUGCAUCCGAAGGGAGAGUCUAUGCCUUGGAGAUGGAGGAAACUCCAUCUAGUGCUUUGGGACCGUCGAGAGGUCCUGUGACAGGUUUGUUUGGGUACUAACUCUCUGUUGCGUGUUUAUUUCUGUGUAGAGUAGUUAGUAGUUUGUUGUGUUAGCAUUCUGGAUGAAUGCUAGUGUAUUGAUCUUUGUUAGGAUCAUUGUUGGUUGGUGGAAC